GACCAAGCUCAUCUGUGUCGCCGUUCUACUACCGCACUACCGCUUGAAAGAGUUAAACAUCCUUGUGGCCAAUUCUCUCUGGAGCAAGCGCUUCUUCCGCUGUGCAAAAGCAUCACUUUCCGACGGGCGAAGAGGUGGCACCCCUCCUAGACCUACAAAGCCCGGUGGCUCCACAACAAAGCUUGCGUCAAUACAGUGCCAAGAGAGGUGGUAUUGGAAACAUCUCGUCGACGGCUUACCGUAGACGGGCGUGUCGGGCUAUCCUCCUCACCCACUUGGUUACGGAGCAAUUGAGGUUCGAAGGUCGGUCUCCGCGAGAGAGUGCGUUACUGCGAGUAGAUGUCGUACAACAACUUCGCUCCCCCGGCGGGAGGAAUGCGCGGCGCCCCACCCCCAGGGGGUCCUAGCUACGGACAACCGCCGCCGCCGCCUGGCGGCCCUCCCUCGGGCACUACCACGCUCGGUGGCCAGCAGCAGCAACAGCAGCUGCAACCGUUGUAUGGGGGAGGAGGAAGCUAUGCCCCCCCCACCUCCGGCCCAGUGGGUCGAACACCAGGAGCGGCUGGGCCCCCGGCUCAGCAAUACGGGGGCUACGGCGGGGGCGGGGGCGGGGCUCCGCCGGGGGGGCCGCCCCCCCCCCAACAACCACCGGCGGCGGCGGCGGCGACGGCUGGGUUCGGAGGACAGCCGCCGUUUGGCCGAGGAGGCCAGGCUUCCAACGGGAUGCGGAUGGAGGCAACGCCUCAGCCGCCCAUGCCGGGGGCCCCCAUGGGAGGUCCCCCGCCGCAACAGCAGAAGCCAGCGCAGCAGGAGUCUCUUGGCGGCGGCGCGGGCGCUCCGUCGAGCGGACGCGGAGCUCAGUUUUUUUCGGUGGGCGGAGGGACUCUACACCAAAUCCCGCAGCAGGGAGGCCCUCUCACCGCCCCCCCUAUGGGCGCGGCACCGCCAGGCGGCAUGGGCAUGCCACCUCCGCCAACGAGCCAGGGCUUGGCCAAUCAGAUGGGACAGAUGUCUCUGGGCCCGCCACCCAACGGCAUGGGAGCGCCCCCUCACGGAGGCGGCUACGGAGGCCGGCCGGCGGGGCCCGGCGGCCAGGCACCGGGGGGGGGGGGGGGGGGGGGGAG